GAUCCGUGGUAUCCUAGCAACGGCGCACGCCAAUAAGGCAGAGUGCAGAGAGACCGUACUGUGAAGACAGCAGUAAAGGAAUGUUUUAAACCUCUGGGCUUAUCAAAUGUAAUUAAGUGAGACCUAUAUUUCAGUCGUGGGCCGACUCUAGCAGGUGUCCACACUGUCCACAUGAAGUCCAGUUAAGCUAGCAGUCUGUUUGAGGCAGGGAGAAGUUAAAAUGUACAGCCGAGCUCCGAGAGUGACCUUCCUGCCAACGAGCGGUACUUCAUCUACAGUUGGCCCCGGAUCCUACGAUGUCCCCCUGUCCGCUUCUAAAACAGAUGGCUUUGCUCCAUUCCUGUCCUUGACAAACAGACAGCCAGUAUUCAUUGAGCCCAGUGAGAGGAUACCAGCACCUGGACAGUAUACCUACUCACCUGUCAAGCUAAACAUCCACGGUGGCCGCAGUCUCCAGAAUCGCUCUAAGCGUUUUGAGGAGGUGGUGUCGGAGGUUCCAGGCCCCGGGGCCUACAAUGUGCUGCCUGCUUCAGGAAACAUGCUCAGGGCCUUGACGGCUGAUGCAGGACAGGCUGAGAAGCUUGGCAGGAAAAUGUGGCUGCAGGCUAAAAGUCUCCGGCUGGUUCGUCAGUCAGAAAUCCCAUCCAUUCCUUCCCCGGGCCAGGCCUAUGGCUAUGAGGAGGACGCCCUGGGUGUGCUCAGCAAGCAGCAGCCCCCUCACAGGGACACAACCCUUGGGCCAGCGUACUACAAACCACUGCAAUCAGAGAUGAGUUCUGCCCAGAAGUAUAAAGGAGUGCACUUUGGUAACAUGACGGGGAGGAGAGGUGAGGUGACAUUGGAGGAGGGACCGGGUCCUGGACAGUACGACCCUGAGAUAAAACUAGAAACGUACUACGAGAAUGUGAACCUUCAAAAGGAGCAGAAAGGCCGAGCUGAGCUGAUCAUCCCUCGCUACCACGAACUGGUGCCCAAGCAAGAGGAAAAGAAGGGAGUUCCUGGUCCGGGCCAGUACUACAUCAGAAGUCAGUUUGAGAAGCCUACGAAGUCCAGCGGUAACCUGCCAAAGUUCACCUGCCCCUUUCUCUCUCAGACUGAGAGGUUUAGCCAUGUGAAAGAAGUGUCGCCACCUGUUGGUUUAUAUAAUGACCCACGCUGUGCCCUGGAGCUGCUGAAGAAGACCACCGGAGUGAAGAAAAGCCCUUUUGGCAUCACUGCAGUGCGCUUCACUCGUAACCACAAAAAAUGCUCCACACCAGGUCCAGGAUCCUAUAAUGUGUUUGAGCAUGGUUUAGCCCGGGAGAGUUUUAAAAAGGCAUUUUUAGAGAGAAGCAGGAAGGGAGGCUUUGGCUCCUCUGCUGAACGCAACUCCAUCUUCCACAACAAGGAAUCGAUAGAGGCCCCAAGUCCAGGACAGUAUGAGGCAGAAAAGAAGACAGAGGAGCACUACAAAAAGCAGCACACGGCAGUUUUCAAAUCAGCCACAGAACGUCCAGCAUUUUCAUUACCGGCUAAAGAUUUCCCUCCACCCAACAGUUACAAUGUGAGUCAGACAUUUGAGAAGGCUAAUGGCCGCUCUUACAUACAACCCCGGAGUGAAGGAGCAAAGAAACGUCAGAGCUGCUUCCUCUUUGCUGCACCGCGGGAUAAUAUCUUCCGGCCACCAGACCCCAGUGUGCCAGGGCCUGGCCAGUACAAUGCUAGUGUGAAAUCCCCCCCUCAAAUGGCUCUGAUCUCCUCCAGAGAAGAUCGAUUCAAAGUCUCCAGGAACACCAACCCUGGACCUGGCUCUUAUCAGUUGAGUCCCGGUAUCAUGAACACAGUAAUGAAGGGCACCUUCAAUGUGACACUCAACAACCCUCUGGGUCCCUGCUGUUCCCCUCGUGUGGCCCCUGGCUCUUUAACGGUCCGCAAGACCAUUAACACUGUCGCGCCCAACUGCCUCAUUUCCACCAACAGUUCUUAGAGCUCUGUCUGGGUCGAAAGUUUAGAGGUGAAAGGCAGCAAUUUUGGAGGAAGAUAGCAUCUCUUUAUUCAGUGUCGCAAAGUGAAACACCUACAAUGGACCCUGCAUCUACAGCCGAUGGUUCCCUCAUUCUUUACUCUCAGUAAUGACAAGCUUGACGCACUGAUUCAGCUGUUUUCGUGGAUCAGUUUCCUCUUUAUAAACCACUUUGUUAAUCAAUAACAAUUUAAAAGCGAUUACUAUGAAUAUUGCCUGAGGUCUUUCAAAAGCGUGUUACUCCUGAAAAGGACAUCUCGUCCUCGGGGCACUUUGUUUUUUUUAAAGCAGCAAUCAAAAGAUCCAAUCUGACAAAAAUAAGCCAAAGAUUAAAAAUUAUGGGAAUGUUUUGCUAUACUUGCUAUAUAAUUUUACUGUACUGCUCGUGUUGGUUAAUGACAGGAAAGCUGGGUAACUGGAAGUAAGGGAUUACAUAAGCUUGAUUUGAACUGUCUGUGUCUCAAGUCCCUGAGGCCAGGAUUGUUAGAAAUCAUGUUUUAUUUAAUGACAAUGAACCAGCGCAUGAGACCAUUAGAAAAAAAUGCUAUUAGAAUUCCUAAAGAUUACUAGCCAUACAUUAUUGCUUAGCAUGCAUAAAUGAUGAAGCCAUUCAUUAUGUAUAUUUGUGCUGACUACCAGAGAAACAGGUGUGAAAGUCACAUAGAAGACUCAUAACUUAUGUUUUAGUUUGGUUGAACACUGAUAUGCUUUGCACAUGAAUCAAAUUAACCUCACCUUUCGUUUCAUAUAUACGUACACACUCACAUGAUGCACAACACACCGGGACGCACACCCAAAGCAAAAGAGGCAUUCGGCUGAAAGUACAUUCUUCUCAUGAACACAAACAUGAACUUUAGGUGCCCUAUCUAUAGUGGUGUUAUUGGUGCUUUAGACUUGAGUUGAGAGUUUUAACUCAGAAUGCAGAGGAGAGAUCUGAUGUGUGACUACAACAUGAAAUAUUGAGUGUACAAUGCUCCGAUGCUUUGAAACGCCUGUAAGAGGAGAGAAGCUGGAGAGUCAAGAAUAGGGCUGAGAGAAAUGUGUGGAGAAGUGGAAGAAGCUAUGCCUUACAGGAGUAGCACAACAUUUUGGGAAAUGCUUAUUUGCCUUUUUGCCAAUAGUUAAUCAUAUGUCUUAAACAUGAAGCUCCAGUCAGCAGCCAGUUUUCAGUCAUUAUGCUUAGCUUAAUGACUGAAAACUGGGGUGUCGCUGCUAAUUUCCUGGCAACCUCACAGCGAUGACUGUUGCUGGCCAAAAAAUAGUCUGGCAUAUAACCACAUGUAACCAAACAAGCUUGUUAAUUUGUGAGCUUUAGAGGUGCUUGUAGGUGGAUUUUGUUACCUUCGGGCUAACUUUCCCCUCUGUUUCCAGUCUUUAUGCUAAGCUAGGCUAACUGAAAGCUGGAUGUGGCUUAAUAUUUAGGAUACAUGAAUGUACCACACAGACAUGAGAGUAGUAUCAACCCUCUCAUCUGACUCUAAUCGGGAAAUGUCAUAGUAUUGAUUUGACAUAAUGAAACAUUUGCACUAGUUUAACAUUGACAAGUGAUAUUUCUUUUUAACUUCUUAUCUUGGGAAACUCAACUUAGUGGAUUCACUUGAAACAGCUAGGGUUAAACCCAAGGGGUACAUUUUAUAAAAUCAAGCAUGUCGAGAUAUAUUUCUUGGAAAACUCAAGCCUGUUAAGUUUAAAAAAAAUUAAAGAAGGACAAGUUGCUACAAGAAAGUAUGCGUGAAAACAUCUGAAAGUUGAAGUGAAUUAAGUUUCUGACCUUGUACACCUGGUAUCAGAAAGGCAAAAAUGGCUGGCUGGGACAAAGUGAUGCAAGCGGUUCAAAGUGUCAGAUAAACCACUUUUACUGGCCGUUACCACUGGACAGUGUAGAUUUAUGCUCCUGUUCUCUGCUGAUCACUCACCAUAAAUCAGCUAUUCAUGGCUGUGUGUGAAUGUGUGUGUUCUCUGUCCUUAAAGACAAAGAAAGAAAGCAACAAGAAGUGUUUAAGCAUCAGCAGAAGAUGCACGGAUGACUCAUUUUCCAUUGAAUGCCUCACCCAACCCCCUCCCCACUUCCUGUGUAGGAUCCUUCCUUGUCCUGCUGUGUUCAAAAUGUCUCUGUGAGCGUUCGGAGUAACAGGUUCGACAGAGUACAAUGUCUCUGAUUGCUCCUGUGGGCCUUUUAACCUAAUGAGGUGUUUACCCCCUAUCAUUAUUCAGCUGGGAGCGGAGCAGAGGGAGACGGAAAGGGAGAGAGAGGUAAAGGGGUGGGGGUAGAGUGAGGAUGGUGAAAGCAAAACGGAGGCAGGAGAAAGCUAAGAAAAAAAGGUGAAGAAAAAAAGAGGCUAGUGGAAGAUGGAGAAAAAUGAGAGAUUGUAUAUGGGCAGAGGAGAGAUCAGAGAGUUGAAAGAAAACGAGAUGCAGAGGAGAAAAGAAAGGCAAGGAGGAAAAAGGGAAAGAGCCUGGUGUUAUUUAUGCCUCCCUCGGCACUCGUCUUUACCUUUUUUUUCCCUGCGAGCUGUUUUACAUCGGCGAUCUAAUUAAAUCAAAUAAAUCACGGUGCGCACACACACACACAGUCACAACAGCCCCUACUGAUUCUGGGAUUGUGAACAUCUCCUCCCUCUACCCCCUCCACCCAAGAUUGAAUAAAUCUCGAUUAUGGUGCAUUACACGGCACAUCAUUCAUGUUGUUUAUAGGUCUAAAAUAUGCAAACAGACCGGGGGCAUAAAAGUGAUCGAUGCUCAAAUGGGCCCUUUUUCCUGUUCCGUUCUCAUCUCUCACACAGCACCAAGCACCGUCACUUACAGAUGUCUUGUGUGGGAUGAAGACAUAUUGUAUUGUGUCCUUACACUGUCCCCUCAUGAUGGUUAUUUUCAUUGUCUUGUGGCCAGGCAUUAGAAAGGCAUUUUUAUUACCUCAUUUACUAAAGCGCUCUGUCUCUGCUGUUGAGCCAUUAUUAAAUCUAAUUAGCUCUGCCAAACCUUGAAGCUGUCCCUGAGAGAUCUCUUGAUAAUUGUAAAAUAGAGGUACGUUGAUAUACAUGAAAUACAUGCACACAACCAGCAGCUGCUAAAUAUGUAGUUUAUUUCCAGGAAAUACUGGAACUGCUUCUGGAAGAUAAUUGUUUGGGCAUAUGUCAUAGAUUUUUGGGCCAAACCAAGCAUGAUAUUAAUAUUCAUGUUUCAAGAUAAAUAUAGUUUCUUUCAACAGUUCAAAAAGACAAAACUACAUAGAUGACUGUCAGUCCAUAGAAGUCUUUCUGGAGAAAUAUAAUUUCAUCUUGAUAGGGUAAUAUAUUAUAAAAGGAGAUUUUAUUUCCAGCAUAGAGAUUUCUGUGAAUUGUACAUAACAGUUUCCAAUGUGUUUUACAUGAUUUCCCAUGACGCUUAAAUGCUGCAGCAAGGAGUGAGUUUGAAGAUGAACUGUAAUCUUAAAGUAAGGUUCCUGGUGUUAAUUUUUGGCAAAAAAAUAAAAGUAGAAUUCCAUAUUUCCACUGAUUAUAA